AUGGCUUUCAAAACCAUUUCAGCGCAACUCGCAGCAAAACUGGACCAAGAACUAAUGGGGCCCGAGAUUGGGUUCACUUUGCAACAACUCAUGGAACUAGCAGGUUUGAGCGUUGCACAGGCGGUCCAGAAACAGUAUCCAAUCUCCAUAUACCAGAAACGUCAGAUUUUGGUCGUGGCAGGCCCAGGUAACAAUGGUGGUGACGGACUCGUGUGUGCACGGCAUCUUGCCCUGUUCGGGUACCAACCGGUCGUGUACUACCCGAAACGGUCCUCUAAAAUCGAAUUCUACUCCCAACUCGUGCGACAAUUGGAUUUUUUCGGCGUUCCUGUGCUUGGUUCUGACGACAAAUGGACUCAUUAUUUAACUUCUCCAGAGACCGUGUGUAUCGUCGACGCGAUCUUUGGUUUCUCUUUCAAGCCUCCAAUGCGUGAACCUUUCGGGUCUAUUGUAUCUGAACUCGUUAAAGUCCAAAACGCCGUCCCCAUUGUCUCUGUUGACAUUCCGACUGGUUGGGAUGUCGACGGGGGUCCCGUCGCAGGUACCGAUAGCCUAGCUCCAAGUGUACUUGUUUCUCUCACGGUACCCAAGCCUUGUGCCAACAAACUACAAGCGGGCAGAACUACACAUUUUGUGGGUGGACGGUUCGUUUCUGCCAGUUUUGCUAAGAAAUUCGGUUUCGAACCUUUCCCGUACCCAUUUACAGACCAAGUUUUAAAGUUAUGA